AUCACUAGCAAAGAGGAUGGCGGAGGAUGGGAGGGAAGAGUCGGUGGCUACUGACGACGACUCUGACCACACAGCAGCAGACGGGAGCAACAGCCUGAACAACACGAUGGUGGAGGAGGGCUCCACUCUCCUGCGCAGGAUGGAGAUCUGUGUUGCUGAGGCUGAAAAAAGGAGUGGCAAAAAUGCAGUGAACAUGCAGGAGACGUUCACCGUGUACCUCGUCGAAACACGGCCAAUGGAUGCAGUUGCUGAAGGUCGCAACCCGGCCCCUGACUCUCUGUGGAGGAGAUACAGUGAAUUUGAACUUCUGCGGAACUACCUGUUAGUUACCUAUCCAUUCAUCGUGGUCCCGCCUCUGCCAGAGAAGAGGGCAGAGUUUGUGUGGCACAAGCUGUCGGCAGACAACAUGGACCCAGACUUUGUGGAGCGCCGCAGGGUCGGGCUGGAAAACUUCCUGCUUCGUGUGGCAUCACAUCCCGUCCUCUCCAAUGACAAGAUCCUCCACCACUUUCUGACUGAGGAACAUGGCUGGAAGGAAGUGGUGUAUGAGACAGGAUUUCAGGCAAAGGCAGAUUCCAGGCUGAGAGCUCUCAGUGCCACCUUCAGGGUGAGAAAUCCAGAUAAACGCUUCAUGGAGAUGAAACACUACAGUGAUGAGCUGCAGUCUCACACAUCUCAGCUGCUCCGAGCACGAGCAAGAGUUGCAGAUCGACUCUAUGGUGUUUACAAAGUCCAUGGGAACUAUGGAAGAGUUUUCAGUGAGUGGAGCGCCAUAGAGAAAGAGAUGGGGGAUGGACUGCAAAGUGCUGGUCAUCAUAUGGAUGCAUUUGCUGCCUCAAUAGAUGAUAUCUUAGAAGAAGAGGAACAUUAUGCAGACCAACUGAAAGAGUAUCUCUUCUAUGCUGAAGCUCUGAGGGCAGUAUGCAGAAAACAUGAGCUGACCCAGUUUGAGCUUGAGAUGGCCACCCAGGACCUCAUCUCCAAGAAACAGCAGCGUGAGGAGCUGGCUACAGGGAUUGUGCGGACGUUCUCCUUUAAAGGAAUGACCAACAAGCUGUUUGGCCAGGAGGCACCUGAGCAGAGGGAGGCCAGGCUAAAGCUGCUGGAGGAGCUGAUCGCAGAGGGUGAAGAGACCGUCAAGGAGAAAACGAUCGAGUGCGAAGAGCAUGUUGAAAGGGCGUGGGUGGAUAUGCAGCGCUUUAAGGAGCAGAAAGACAAAGAUCUGCGGGAAGCACUCAUCAACUAUGCUGUCAUGCAAAUCAGCAUGUGUAAAAAGGGAAUACAAAUGUGGAGCAAUGCCAAAGAAUGUUUCCUCAAGAUGUAAAGUUGAAGCCAUAUUUAAAGGAUUUCCAUUCUCAGUGAUGCUCAGUUGUGGAUGCUGAGAAACGAUGCCCAGUGUCUUCUGGAUAGAGUAACAGUAAAGCAACAACAUUGCGUAUAAAGAUAAUGUAGUUUGAAGUAUUUACACAAAAUGCAUUCAUAUGCAGUUAACUUUCGAUUUUAACUUUUUUUACGUUCUUUGUUAACUUUUUGUGGAAUGAAAAGGCUUAGGAAGGUGGUGAUUCACACAAAGCACAUGACGGGGACACUGGAGACCAGGGUUCACAGGGUUAACUUUCUCAAGAUUUAGAUAAGACCAUGUUCUCUCUCCCUAAAGAAGCACUUUUGUUGAAGUCAAGUAACUACUCGUGAGAUUAGUGAAGUGACUUUGACAUUUGGGGAAUGUGCUGUUUGAAAGACAUGGGGUUUUAUGCCUCUGUGCCAGCAACAGCUGUGACCGAUGGCAUUAUGUUUUCAGGUUGUCUGUCCCAUUCUGGUGAAUGCAAUAUCUCAAGAAUUCUUUGAGGUAAUUUCUUCAAAUUUGGCACAAACAUUCUCUUGACGACUCAGCGAUGAACUAAUUAGAAUUUGGUGGUCAAAGGUCAAGGUAACUGUGACCUCAUCUGACCCAUUCUUGUGAAUGUGAUAUUUCAAGAAUGCCUGAAGGGAAAAUUUUCAAAUUUUGCACAAACAUCCACUUAGACUCAGAAAUGAACUGGUUAGAAUUUGGGUGUCAUGGUCACUGUGACCUUGCAUCCGUCUCAUUCUCGUGAGCAUGAUAUCUCAAGAACACCUUGAGGGAGUUUUCUCAAAUUUCGCACAAACAUCCAAUUGGGCUCAUUAAUGAACUGAUUAGAAUCAAUUGUUAUCUAGGGUUGGGUACUGAUCUCUGUACUUUUAAGGAUAUCAACUGAAUAAUGUUGGUACUACAGAGUACUGAGCCACUUGAAAUCUAAUGGUGUGAAAUUUCGGUACCUGAAAGCACAUCUGGGUGAGAAUGCGGGGUUUAGACAAGAGGAGGAACGUGUUGUGAAGCACCCUGAAGCCUGGAAGCCAGCCACAGAGCUCCAUGGAACCACAGAGUUCAAAUUCAGACAGGAGGUAGAAGCAUCCCUGAGCACAGAGCUCCACAGCUGUUCCGUCGGCUUCCCAGCAAACUAAGGGGCUGUACACAUGCCGUGUUUUUUGCGCCCUCAGAUUCAUUGUUUUUAGUGUAGAGGUGCGGCAGGUGCACUCAAACGCCAGAGCUACGGCAAUGCAGCAGGUAUGUGUUCCCAAGCCCGUGUUUUUCAGGGUGCGACCGCUACACCCUGAGAUAAACUGAGUUCAACUUUUGGAACGCAGCAGCGUGCACGGUAUGUCAUGUGAUGAUGACCAACCAAUCACAGCUGACAGAUGUCUUUCCCUUCAUCCAUAAAUAUCAGUCUGUGAUAACUGGGAGAAGAAGUUAAUCAUUUUAGUGCAGAGCUGUCAGAGCUUUAGACAGACAACAGGCCUACACAAACAGUGCCUGGAAGAAGAUCAGCUCUGCACUCAGGAUUUCAGGCAAAUAGGCUGAUGCGGUGCUUGCUGUGGUUGUUUAGCAACCUUAGACGCAACCUGCUGCUAUGCUCUUAAAAGCUGGCACAGAAAAGGCACAAGAGAAGCACCCGACCCCGUGUUUUCCAGGCGAUUAAAGGUGCGACAUGCAUACGGCCCCAAGCUGUUGCUAUAGCGCCAAUCUGCUGUGAUAGUUUCAGCGUCUGGUCUUUUUUGCUUUCUACCAUAUUUUAACAAUAAAUUAUAUUACUAAUUAUAACUUUUAGACGAGCACACACACACACAUAAGCAGACAGACAGCACAUUAGUUCUGUGUGGGAUUAGAAAAGAGCAGAGGAGCAGGAUUUAUUUUACGUCUAUUACAUCAGUCCUGCUGCUUGUUCAAAUGGUAAAGUGCUGAAAAAGGUACUGCUGGGCACCUCGUUCGAGUUCUCUGAACUGGUACUGGUAUCAGUUUAAAUGUGACCGGUACCCAACGCUUUUGGUAACCAUGGUAACAUGUCUAUGCUUUAGGGAUUGUCCCUGACACUUCAGAAAUUUAAAAGCAGUGAAAACAGUGGAACAGUAGCGAACACACACAAUCUUCCCUCAUGAUAUUACAGCACAGCAUGCCUCUCUACCUGUUUGUCAUGUUUCAUGAUACAUGCUCAUAAAUCCAGAGAACAUAAAUCAACCAUCAGGUUCAGUGAAGAGUAACAUGACCUGGUGUCAGUCACUAGAAUUUGAUUUGAUCCAUGUGGGUCUAUGUGGAGCUGAUUUCAGUUGCCAAAGCUGUCAGACUUGCAGUCCAGAUGACUUCAUGUUCACUUGUCUUGGUUCACUUGUGAUAAGUGAGAAGUGUUAAGAACAAGAACAUGAAGAAGAACAUUGCAGCAGAAUUAAAAGGCAGCAACAUGUCAUAUUUGCCCUCGGCUUUCCCUCGGCCUGAACCAAAUAAAAGGAACUACAGGUGUGAAAAUGACUUGAGCUGCUUAAACAUGACUAUAAAGACAUUGAAAGUACGCUGUAGUGCUCAGUAACAUUCAGGAGAGGAUACUGUGGCGAAAACACAAAAAUAUGUAUAAUAAAUAUCAUCUAUAUGACAUUACAUUUCCCUCUGCGGUGAGGUAAUUGCUUCCAGUCAUGCUUUAAAUGAAUCAGUCAAAGUGAAGAAGCUACAAGAUGUUGAUUUCAUGUGCUGAUGUGCAGGACAGUGUAUUAUACUAAUGUACAGGAAGCUGCACAUAAGAUUCAUGAAAAUCAGUCUGAGAUGAUUUUAUUUAAUUGAAUUUAACCUUCAUACUGUAUAUUGCCUGAAAUGUUUUCUCUUAUAUGUUUAAAGGGAUAGUUUAGAUUUUUUGAAGUGGGGUUGUAUUAAGUUCUUAACCACAGAUAGUGUAUAACAUACAGUAAAUGUCAGUCAGCAUGCCCCCAGUUUGCAAAAGCAGGCUGGAGUCUGACACGGAAGCUGAGCAAUCUACUGCUGUGGAUGAGGUCAGUAACAAAACAAAUUUUAGCCACCUAAAAAAAAAAAUCAAUAUCAGUUUAAAAGUGUGAUAUAUUAAAAGUAUUAUAGUGCUUUACCUUGCUCUCAGACUGAUUACCAAUAGGAUAAUGAGGCUGUUGCAGUAAUUUAACAUUGCUGAAGAAAGGAGCUGCUGCUCUACCACUGCCUCGAUCAGUUAGUUUGUGUUAUUGUGUGACUAUGGCAUAGUUUGUUAAAACACAUUUUGUGCUGACCCCGUCCACAGCAGGAGAUUGCUUAGCUUCCAUGUCAGACUUCUUCCACUUCUCCAAACUUGGAGCAUGCUAACCAACAUCUGCUGUAUGUCAUAUACUGGCUAUGGAUAAGUAUCCCUUACAACCCCACUUCAAAAAAUCUGAACUGACCCAUUAAAUAACAGUUUAUUUCCUGUAUUGGAGGCUUGCCAGCAAUAAGCUUUUUGUGUGUAUUUGUGAAGUUUUCAUAAGUCCAUUUAUCUUAACCUAUUUGUAUUUCAGAUUUUAAUCCUCAAUUUGGAUGUAGCUGUUUGUUUUAUUUAUUUGAAUAAAACGAGUCCAUGCCACUGA